UCGCCAGGACGUGCCCACACCUUUCGCCGGCCCUAAUCGAUGACAACAGCUUUACCAGAUCACUUCAGAUAAAGAGACGGCAGAGGAACACAUCUCCUUGCCAAUGUUUCGUGGGAAGGAUCUUCGCGUUUUUCCGGUGUCACGGCAGAGGCAAACGCCAACUCUUUAAUGGGACCCUGGAUACCAUCUCUCUCCAUUCUUGCCAGAAUCUUUCGAUACACCGCCAUGCCACAAUGGUUAUAAUUCAGCUCCUGUUGUUGUUGAGUUUCUUGGACCAAAGCAAGCAGGAUUAUCUGUCUUCGCGGCUUGCUAGGACUUCAAGGGCGCCUUGUGCCAGGGGCCAGGCGUGUGAUCCGAGACAGCGGAGGGAUGCUGGUGGACGCGGAGGAGUCUACGAGCACCUCGGAGGAGCACCGAGACGCAGAAAACUUUACUGUGCGACUAAAUAUCAUUUGCAAAUACAUCCAAGUGGGAAAAUUGACGGUUCACUUGAGGAAAACAACCCAUUUAGCAUCAUGGAGAUCACAGCUGUGGAUGUUGGAGUAGUAGCUAUAAAGGGGAUAUUUUCCGGGAGGUAUCUGGCCAUGAACGAUAAAGGCCGCCUAUACGCAUCGGAUGUCUUCAACCAAGAAUGUGAGUUUGUUGAGAGGAUUCACGAGCUGGGCUACAAUACCUACGCUUCGAGACACCACUCCACCCUUCAGCCUCCUGCAGUGGGUGGCAGUGGCAAACGGCGAGCCAGUGCCAAGAGGCAGUGGUAUGUGUCCAUCAAUGGGAAAGGCCGGCCGAGGAGGGGCUUUAAGACGCGAAGCACUGACAAAGCUUCCCUUUUCCUGCCUCGAGUGCUAGGCAACAAGGACCAUGAGAUGGUGCGAAAGCUCCGUGACAGUCAGAGGCACCCGGCUGGACAGCAAAGUGCCCCUGUGGGCCUGGGUGAGCGCCGAAGACGGAGACACCGAGGCCAGGGACCCAAGGGACCAACCAGGAGACCCGGUGAUUGAUGAACACUCCUGUCUAAAAGCAUUAGGUCCACCGCUUUGCCUAGGAGCACCAGUUCAAAGCCAAUGAAACUGACAGAAAAAAACAGACUUACUGAAACAUCUACCAUAGAAGGAGAACCUUUCAGUUGGAUCAGUCAGUGGCAGCAAGCUAUAGUUGGUUCCCGAAAAUCCUUGCUUGAGAUACAUGGAAGUUGAUCCAUCAUGCGUCAUUUGUACCAACACAAGAUUUGCCUGGGAAUCUGAGUUAGGCACAAGCAUUCACCACUACAAAACUAUGAAAGGAUUAUGAGGCUUGUGUUUGUACAGUGCAUACGCACGCUUGAAUGUGACCAAAGUCAACACAGCUGGAUAUAAUGUUGUAUCACCUGGGUGAAAAACAAAAGCGGUUGUUGUGUUCUUGUGGAACCUUUAAAGAUCAUACAUACAUACAUACAUACA